AUGACGGAAGCAUCUUUUCGAACCAAAGAUCAAAAGUACUCAUAUUCUAACUUCCAAGCUUUUUGUGAAGCAAAUCCUCUUCCAAUUCGAACAUCAACUUUUGCUACGGAGCGUUCGUUGGUUCCAUUAGGUCAUCCUCAUAGUAAGGAUCCACCAGAACUCUCUCGAAGGCCAUGCUCGGAUUUCAGAAGUGAUCACGCCGAACAAGGAGCCAUCUGUUCUACAAAUCCUCCCCUUGGUUUUAAUUUCACCGCGCAAGUCGCUGUAAUAGACAUUACACCAUCUGUCAUCCCUGCACAUUUAUCGGUAGAUAAUGGCUUGUGUCAUCAAGUAGAAACGGAGAAGGAAGUAAAACAGGAAAGUAAUUACAAUGGUGCUCUCUACUUUGAUAAGCCCGAAAUCCUUGAAAAAAAGAAGGGACUUAUCGGAGAAUCGCAUUGCCUAUCUAAAAAGGAAUAA